ACCCGAAAACAACACCAGCAAAACAAAUGCGACCAUGUACAGCGUGGAAGACCUGCUCAUCUCGCAUGGAUACAAACUGCCCCAAAACACCUCCGCCACCACCCCCCCUUGUGCCCCUCCCACGCCCCCAGCCUCUUACGACAACAAGGUUCACGUCGACCCAGCCUCUUGCCGCCAGGAGAUCUUAGAGAACCGGUCGGGCGGUGGUCACGGAGCGGCGAACGGGUAUGAGACCGACCCUGGGCCGGGGGUCUACGCCUACGGAAACGGCAACAGCGCCGGCAGGCAGCCGACAGCUCCGGCCAAAGGCUACUCCAAUAACACUGACAACGAAUGGAGAGACAGGACCAGCCAACCAGAGCGGAGGGAAGCCGACAGCAGUAACCAAGGUGACGCACACUCCUUGGGCGGCAAUCUGACGACAGACAGCGGGUUCUGUGAGGGCCCCAGAGGAAUACAUUCUCAGCCCAGGGGCCCCAGAGAUGUGUCCUACUGGAGACGGAGGGGCCAGGACUUUAGCGUUCUCCUGGAUUAUGCUGAUUUCAGAGAGCCCAGAGGAGAAGGGAGAGGAGGAGAAGGAGGGUACAGGAGGACCGAGGGAGCCCAUCAGCAGCCACAGAGACAGGAGGUCCCUCCAGAGGACCUCCAGCAGCAUGAGAGGCAGCGUUGGGCGGCCCAGGCCCGCUCCAGGCAGAGAGAGGCAGCGCUGCAGCACUGGAGAAUGGCCGCCGUGGAGAGGAAGUGUCAGAGCCUCGGACCGGACGAGUGGCGGCCGGCCGUGGUCAGCUUCGCCCGCCAGCUCUCGGAGAGCGAGGGCGAAAGGUGGGCGCCGGAGCAGCAGCACCAGCGAGCCCUCCGGACACCGGACGGCGCUGUGGUCGUGGUGGGGCCCAGGAACAAAGGGAAGUCCCAGUCUCUUCCUCGGAUGUUGCAGCCCGACAGUCUGCAGUACGUGGACGCGUCUGGGUCAGGGCAGGACGUGCACAGGAGAGUCAACGGCAACCCGGGGCCCCACCACAACCCUUACGGCAGAUAUAACCUCAACCAGGCCGAGGCAGGGGACAGGUGGCCGGAGAACCACAGCAGGCCGUCCAGCCAGGCUAGCAUGGCCAGCCAGGUCAGCCAGGCGUCUCAGAAGCGUCGCUUCGCCAGGCCACCGAGGCCUCCGUCCUACGAGGUGCACCAGCAGACCCGCGGGAGCUCCGAGAUGCUGUCGGGUGAGCCAGCGGGAGCAUCGACUCCUCAGCCACAGGCCAGGGAUAGAACCCCGCUCCCACACUUUGGGACGGGGGACCCCAGGCUGGACUACUAUAUACAGGACGGAGGGUCUGGCACAGAGCCUCCAGGUUACAUCCCUCCGCCGUCGUAUCCUCCCAAGAGAGCGCCUCCACCAAUGAGAGGGGGCCUGGGAGGCCACAGGGCUUAUGGGGAGGUCCCUGUCAACUACAGGUACCACCAGGCGUAUCAACAACAGAUGCGUGGGACCCCAGAUCCCUGGUUUGGCAGCAGACACACAGUUGGGGGGUCCUGGCCAGACCCCCAAAGAGACUCCCACCGAGAGAGGAGCGUUCCCCACAGGAAGCAGCUAUACCCUGGCUAUUGCAAGCAGCAACACCAGCAAGGCCUCGGCCCUGGAGUCCAGUACAUCCCUUUUGAUGACCCACGCGUCCGACACCUCCCUGGGGGAGAAGACUCGUCUGUGGGCUAUGGAGGUAACCCCCAGACAGACAGCGACAAGAUCCGUCACAUCCGUAACUCCACACCCCCAGAGCUUCCCAGUGUCACCGUGUCAGACCACUCGUCUGAUGACCGUGCCUUUCUCUCCCCCACCUCCAUGGGGGUGCCUCCGGUGCUUGCCGGCACUCCAGGCGCGGUCAGUCCAACGCCGCCAAGGUCUUCCAGCAACAAUGAGAACAACAGGUGGCAGCAGCAGAGCGAUUUGCACAAAGAGACUGAGAACCUGGAUAACUUCCCAACAGCGACUGACCAAAACUGCAACAGGUAUGAUCCCAAAAACAACCACGGGUCUCCCUCUGCCUUCCAGCCCCCUCACCCUGCUCAGGCCCCAUCCAGCUCAGACCGGGGCUUUUCGGAAACAACCGUUACGCAGGUGAAAAAGAUAGCUCCCGGAGACACAGGUCUGGACAACCACAGUAGAAACGGCAAGAGGAAGUCUCACAGUGAAACCAUCUUCUGCCUGGUGUCCGUCCCCAUCCAUAUGCAACAACAACCCAAUAAGAAUUAUCUUUCAGCCGACCAGAACAAUAACGACAAGAUGCCCGGCAGUCUGCCAGUCGUGAGUGUCAUCACCACAGACGACAACCGGAACACUGUGGCCAAAUCCCAAUCCGAGAACAGCCGAAGCCUCCGUAGCAAGUCUUUAUCAGACAUGGGCCUCAAACCCCCCUCCCACACCAGCAGCUUCACCUCCAUGAGAAGCACCAGGAAGGGUCCCCUGAGGAAAGAGAUGGUCGACGUUUGGUCACUCCAGGCCAAUGCUGACAAGGAGCUGUGCUACGCUGGCUCCUGGCCAGGGAACCAGUACAGGAACCAGGAGACCCAGACCAGCUCCCCUGUGACUGUGAAUGCAACUGAGGGGACGAGGGGAACAGAUCAGCCUCAGAGCCAGCAAGGGCAGGUGGGACAGGAGCCUGGUCAUCUGGCCUCUGACACCACCGCUGACGGUGGUUUUGGAACCGAGUGCAGUUCCAGCUCCUACGGCGUGGGUUACCCCAUGAAGGGCCAGAAGAACCUCCACCCAUCCAGCAACAGCGCCUUUUCCCGCCUCAGCAUCAGCCCAGCCCAGCCCCCAUCGCUCCCAGCCAAUCCUGGGGAGGAGAGAGACCACCAUACCUCCGCAUCCAGGAAGACAGUAGUUGGUGCUACCACCGCCUCCAACCCGGCCAAAACCCCAAACGAUGCCAAGCCUAACAGCCAGGGCCAGGCAGUGUUCGGCCAGUUCCUACUGAAGCCGGUCAGCCGACGGCCGUGGGACGCAAUUGAGGAGCUGGAGUGUUUUAACAAAGCCGCAGGAGUGGAUGUAGACCAAGUCCAGAAGAAACAGAAGGUCCCGCCUGAGAGACCCAGCGUUGCCCAGUGUAUAGAUGACCUGGACGAGGUCUACAGGAACAUCAUGGAGCUGAGUGGAGAAGACACACCACAACUACAACAACAGCAGCAUCAACAACAACACAUGGACCCCACACCUCCAGAUCUGGAGAGAGAGACACACAGUCUUCCGGAGCAGCACCUCGAUCCUUACAAACUCAGCAACCGCUCCAUCCCUGGCGUUAGGACCAUGCUAGACAGCUGGGGCCCUGGCUCUAGCAUUGACACAGACUGCAGGGAGCUGAGGAGCGCCUUCUCCAGGCCCCAGCCCCAGAGCAGGCCUAGCAUCCCCAGACCACUAAGAGACGACGUAGUGCCCACCGCCACCCCGACAGAGCCCACUGGCUUCAGAGACUACAACCCACACAAUGCACACGGUGGUCCCAGGCUAACCCAUGAUCCCAGGCUGACCCAUGACCCCAGGCUGACAUACAGACUGGAGCAGGACAUUCCUGUUGCCAAGGAGUCCCUGCUUAGGGACGUGGGGCUCACUGUCUACACCGAGGGCCCUGAGGGCAAGUCUUGUGGCGCCCCAUUCUCAGUGCUCCCACCAUUAGACGACAUGGACCUGUGUCCGGAUGUUCCGUUACCCUUGGAGAGUGGAGGGAGGCCAUCUCUACCCAGGGACAGCCAGUUGGAGGAUGUGCACAACAGUGAAGGCAAUAAGGAAGCGCUCAGCUCCGCUAAAGUAGUUGAGGAGGAGAAGGUAAAGACCGACAAAAUGCCCAUCGUGCCACCUAGAUUUAGGGGCCCUGAGCCCAAUCUGAAUAUCCGCAGGGCGAGAAGUGAGAACAGCAGGUCACCAAAAGGUGAACGUCCAUGGGGUUCGCCACACGCCGGCAGAUUGACCAGGGAGGGGGCGUUCGCUUUCGAGGAUGACCACCACAGAUACAGCAUCAGUUCCGAUCCUCUUUGUUGGCGUGGCGGGGCCACGUUAGCAGACAGACACCUGGAGAACCUGCUGAUCAAGGAAAAGGCCGGCGCUGUUCCUGCAGAGGACCUGAGCAACCUAUAUGAGGUGAAGUUGGCCAAGGGGAUCCCUGAGAACGAGACAGUGGAGCAGAGGGCAGCCAGGAUACUGGGGAUUUAUGUUGCCCCGGAUUCACUGCAGGACCGAUUCCAGGAGACAAAGCAGGUUCAGAUUGAGGAGAAGAUGGAGAGAGAGGAGGAGAUGAAGAGGGAGGAGGACGUGGUAAGGGAAGAGCAGAACAAAGACACUGCAGACAUUGGGGAAGAGAUCCAGGAACUAAUUCAAGAAGGAGCAGAGGCAGAGGAGGCACUGGGCGUGGUUAAACUGAAAGAGGAGAUGCACAAACACAGAGAAAACACUGACAAUGAGGGGAGAACUCCAGUAGAAGCACCGGCCCACAGCCCCGAUGGAGAAACACCGGCCCACAGCCCCGACGGAGAAACACCGGCCCUCAGCGCCGACGGAGAAACACCGGCCCACAGCGCCGACGGAGAAACACCGGCCCACAGCACCGACGGAGAAACACCGGCCCACAGCCCCAACAAACACAGAGAGACACGGCAUGUGAGAAGACAGUACGAGCAAGUGACGGAGAUAGAGGUAUCCGUAGUUACCUUGGGAGGGGAGACAACAGAGGAAUGGGAGGCGACCGGAGGAGGGAACAGGGAGGAUGACAGCCAAUCCGAAUGUGGCAACAGACAUGAUGGAGGAGAGAACCAGAGCCAAACCUCCAUGGUCCUGGAUCUACCUGAGUUCCCCCCUAGCCGACUGCCCCUUUCUCUGCCUCCGACCCCUGAUGAAGAGCUGGCCCUGAGCGUGCUGAGUGUGGAUGGAGGAGCGGAGAGGAAGGGGCGCAGCAGUGGCGGUGCCUCCCCCAGGAUCUUUUCCUCCUCUUCGUCACCCGGCCGCACAGAGAGCACAGUCCACAUGGCGGAGGUGUUUUCAGUCUCCUGCAUCAGUUUCAGGAGUUUGGAGGCCGAGACAGAGCAGGAGGCUGAUGAAAGGACGUGCCAGGGAGAGGAGAAGAGCGAGGAGAACACGCGCGAGUUAAGGAUGAAGUCCAAGUUAGUGGGGGAAGAGAUACACAGGGCAGGUGGGAGAGAAGACGGGAGGACGGAGUUCGGUGAGGAGAAAGAGACAGUCCAGAAAAAAGCAGAGAAAAAGGAAAGGAAGUCUGCAGAUGAGGAAGAGACUGAGGUGAAAAGAAAAUGGGAGAGGAGUAAAAAGCCAGAUGGAGAACAGCAACUGGCGGUGUCUAGACUGAAACCUCCUCUCCUUCCCAAGCCCAUCCCAAUGCCCCGGACCGGCACUGUGGCCAAACGAGAGAUCAGCCUUCCUCCGGGCUUCAAAGUGUCUUCCCAUGACUCCUCUAGCACCUUAGAGGAAGAGCUGCUCUCAGAAUCCUAUGAUCCUAGUCGAGUGGAAAGAGUAUAACCUCUGACCUCUCAAUACCUUCCACAUCUGGACGAAAUCGACCUUGGUCUCUUCCAUCCACUUAUCAGCCUGUUAUUUCUCCAGUUUGACUUUGUGUCUAUCCCAAAUAGCGACCUAUUUCCUAUAUAGUGCAUUUCUGGCUCUUAGCUGUCGGGUCAAUGUAGUGCACUAUACAGGACAUAAAAUGCCAUCAGAGAAACAGCCUUGUUGUUUUUAAUUGCAUGUCUUUCGUCCACUGUCUCCCAUGACAACAGCACUGUGGUUUCUUCUGGAGACCUCCUGUUGGAAUAUGAAUGUAAAGAAGCUUUUCUGCUUUUCCAAACACAGACACUUUGAGACAAAAUCACAGUAACAAAACCGUCUCGCGUUACAGUCAAUGUAGCUUUCCUACACCAAAUGUAAAUGAACACAAAACAAGUUUAACAAUUUAUUCGAAACGACUUUUGUGAGGACGCUGGAGAACUGUUUAUUUUUCUUACCCGUGUCAAAAGUCUAUGUCAAUGAAGAAUCUGAUUUUGAAAGCUAUGCUCUUGAGAUGUUAUUACCAAUCGAUAUAUCUCUCCUGCUGUCUGUUCUAGAGUAUGUGGCUAGGAUACGGAGCCUGAGAAUGUACUUCUAUGUGAGGCUGGAUCUGAUUGAAAAGCCUUUUCUCGUAUUUUUUUUUUGCUGUCCUAUAGUGACUGGCGUGCCAGUUGGCAUUACAGCCCAACCAGAUCUGGGACCAGGCUACUUUGAUCUAUAACACUGUGUUGUUCAGCUGUAGUGUCACUCAGAGCAAUACUAUUGUUGCACUGUGCUUCUCUUGGGGCUGCUUUGAGAAAGCAGCCUAUAAGACAGGCUGUGUGCUGUUCGGCUCAAAUCCAAACGCUCCCUUGACCCUAUGCACUACGGUUUAGGGGGUCUGUUUGAAAUGGAAUCCCAUUUACAUCCCUGCGUUAAAUCUGUACCACUCGGUACUGAGAGCACAAGGGGUUGCACUGUCAAAUAACGCCUCUGGUCCUGAGUUACCUGUGGGUGAGUUGCUGGUGGUUCACCUUUAGUGGUGUUCCUCAGGGUUGAAUGAGAGGACCGUGGUGUUUUCAGUGCCUUCUCCUCAGCAUGACUGUGCCAUAGUGUGGCAACACUGUGUCAGGGUGCCGUGUGACGAGCUACAGUAUGUUCCUUCAGCAUCAGCAAUCGCAGCAGCAUUUCAUUUCACAAAUUGUAUUUAUACUGUAGAGAAAAAAAAAAGUAUAUUUUAAGUAUAUUUUCUAAUGUUGAAGAGGUUUAUACGCCAUGCUAUUUUAAUUUGCUCACGUACAGUAAGAACCGGUUUGAAAUAGCAAAUGUGAAUAUAUAAUUUUCUCAAAAUUGCUUUUUUCUCUAAAUUCUCAAUAGACCUACUGAUGGGCAGUGUGCCUUCUACACAGGUUAUCUCUGAGAAAACAGGCUUGCGUCCCAAAUGUCAGACUAGCCCUAAUGGCCCUGGUUAGUGGACAAUAGACGGGAGAGGGUUAGGGUGAGUUUUGGGAUGUACACAAUUUAAUUUGUAUCUAACAUGUACAGUAUGGGUACUGUAAUAUUUCUUCAUUCAACUGGAAAUGCUGUAUUUCAUUGUAAAUUGUUUAAGGAUAAGACAAUGUUGUGUUAUUUUGGCAAUAAUACUGAAAUAUGUUAUGAGAUCAAAAUUAUAUAUAUAAUUGAAACAACUAUUCUUAUAUAAAAUGUUAAUUCAUUAACCUGCUAAUUGUAAACGUUUCUACAUACCAAUAGCCUAGUAAGCUGGUAAAGCAAAAGACCCUUUUUGUUUACUUUUAAUUGUUAUGCAUUUUAAUGUUGUUUUUGAAGUAACUGUCAUAUCACCUAAGACUGUGUAUGCAAGGCUUUGUGUACCGUCAAAUAUUGGUUGAAAGAUCCUUAGUUCUUAACAAAAGCAGUCUGUAAUACAUCUACAGUACUUCAACAUUAAUAAUUCUUGCACGCUUCAAACAUACUGCUAUAAUGUUUAUCCCUUGAUUGAGCUAACAUGGUGUGGAUGUUGUCAGAUCUGGUUCCAGUCAGUUGGAGCUUGGAUUUGUAAUGCUACAGUCCUGAUAUCAAGCACAGGAUAGUGCUGACACCACAGAAUUCAAAUGAUUCUAAUUCCAGGAAUGAUUCUGCACCUAAUGGUUCAAUGACACAACCAACACUCUCCCUAUUCCUUAUUUCUCUAGACCAGGUUCCAGACUGGCUAUUAUAUGGUCAUUCUCAUUGACAUUUUGUACUGCAAGGUAUUUGUAACAUAGUGUUGCACAUCUUUCUGUGAUAUUUUCUACUUUCAUACAAAGUCUGUAAGACUUAUUUUGUACACGCAUACUGGCAUCCAUUGUUUGUUGUGAGUGUUAUGUUUAAGAAGGGGUUAUGGAAAGAACAAUAUUAGCGUAUUGCAUUUGGUACUGCAGAGCACCUAAUGACUAGCUGUUAUAUUUCAUAUGCAUAUUUUAUUUAAAAAAUGUACGCAAAGUAUUUAAAUCGAAAGCAAGGUAUUUUUUGAGUUUUGUAAAAAGGGAACUCUGAUUUUGAAGACACGUUUGUCUGUGUUCAUGGUAUGAUCAUAAAAAAAGAGUAUACAUAAAGCCAGAGAGUGUGGUCUUGUUGUAUAACGUUGAAGAUUAUUCAUAAAUAAACUCUUUGCAUGUAA